AUGGAGUCCAAGAAAAGGCUAUUUGAUCAUGGAAUUGUUGUUAAAGGUCUCCAUCCUUAUUUGACGAAGAGUGAUCUGCAGUCCUACUUUCAGCAGUGGGGGGAAAUUCUAGAGUGUGAGAUAAAGAGAAUCUUGGCAUCUGAACACCCAGUCGGUUUGGGAUACGUGAGAUAUUCCUCUCAGGAAGAGGCUGAAGCAGCUGAAGAAGCUGGCCCUCAUGUAGUAGCAGGCCUUCACACAGAGGUCAGGAGAGUCAUGACUCCAAAAGUCGAUGAAUACCAAAAUGUCUCAACACGCUUCCAGAACCCUAAAACUGGACAGAGUCUGGCAUACAGGCUUGCUUACAGUGCUUGGUUAGCCGAAGCUUAA